AUGGCUGCCACAAUGCCUGGCCACGACGACGCGGGCAGUCCGGCGUCCGGCGUUGCUGACCCAGCUACCAUCUCCAAGCCGUCACCGCAGCCUCAAGUUCGGAAGGCUCCGCCUCCUGAAAAGCCAUCUGAUGUUCGCCGUCGUUCCUUCGUCAUUCUCUCCUUCUGGGCCAUCGUGCUACUUCUAGGCUUGCCCAUAUGGUGGAUGACAACGUCAAUUUACCGCGCCAAUCUUCCCCUGUCCGGGAUGGUCCAAUGGGCAGAUGGAAAGGCUUGUCGUCCAGUCUUCCCCCUCCGAAUUUCGGUACAGGCAAACAAACUACAGGACCAGGAGGCGCAGAACCUCCUCCGCCUUACUCAACAUGCGCUCGAUGACUUGAAUGACUUUUCGGGCCACCAUCUCCGACUACAGCUUGCCCCCCGCGACAACCUUGCCGCUUCCUUGCCCGAGGAUGACUCGCAAGUCGCCUUGAUGAUUCGUCUCAGCCCAGGGGAAUCUACCACAGCGUCGCUGAAUCCGCAUUCCCCUGUCCUUGAUAUCACCUACCCGCCCAAUUCCAUUCCGUCGCCUACCUCGUCUUCGUCCGCCCUUGCAUCGUACAUCGCCAACGAGUUGCGGUCUACAUAUGCUGAGGAACAGGCCAUUAUAUCAUACCUUCUUUCGGCGGCUUCUGGAGCGUCCGAUGCGAAGCCCCAAGGCAUGUCGCCAGAGGCGGCCGAGUCGCUCGCCAAGCGUACCACUCGCUCUCUGAGAUAUUCGCCGACAUAUCAUCUGAGUUUCUCCCUCUUCACGAGUGGCUCCGUGCCCAAUACAUGGGAAAUCGAUGCGGCAAUCCGGGAUUACAUGCAACCUAUGCUCGACGUACUAAGCCCCAUUCACAAUUUCACGAUUGAUACCCAGGUGCAAUUAUAUGCUACACCAGGCGCACAGUCACAGGUGCUGAGCAAGGAUGAUUUGGCGUCCUUUAUCAAUGCGGCCGAAUGGCCCCUCUCUCCUUCCAUCGGCGGUGCCCCGACAGUGAACUUCCUCUUGUUUGUUGGAAAUCAAACAAUUGGAUUGGACUCGGGAUCCGAAACAUCCCAGUCCUGGCUGAUCCCACAGUGGGGAACAGUUUAUCUGCUGUCAUUGCCGCCAACGACAUCACAUGUAUCUGCGUCCACUCUUAAGCAGCCCAUGCUCACCUUUGCCGGUCAUCUGUUGUCUCUUCUUGGGACGCCCAAAUCAGGUUCUCUCCCAUUGCGACUGUCGACGUUGACGCGGAUUCGAUCGGCCGACCUGCUGCUGCGGGCGUCGUCAACCUUAGGGUCUCUUGCACGGCUCUCUCUAGCACUGCCUUCCAUCUCAAUCCCGCGUAAUGUUGCCGACGGAGUCGCCAAAACAAUGCAUCAUCUAGAGCUUGCCUGUACGAGCCUUGGCGGUCCUCAAGGACUGGAACAUGCUAGAAUCGCUGAGGCCGAAGCAGAGCGAGCAUUUUUCGAGAAGAGCAUGGUUGGACAGCUUUACUUCCCUGAUGAACAUAAGAUUGCUGUAUACCUUCCGCUCUUGGGCCCAGUUGGUGUGCCACUGGUCAUGGGUCUGUUGAACGAAAUCAAGGCCUGGAAGAAGAGGAGACGAGAUAGAGCCGAGGCAGAGGCAAGAAAAAAGCGGUGA